AAAAAGAACAGCAAACAGAUAACGCUCUUAACGGUAAAUAGCACUACUACUUAGUUGUAAGCAAAUAGAUAGAGAAAUAAAGGGUGGAAAAGAUAAGUGAUGGCAUCUUCUUCAAUCAGCUUAACCUAUGGAAACUUCUUCUGUAGAUUGCACUGUAAUAAGCAACCAAUUUUAUCAAAUUAUAUCAAGAAUUCCCAUAUCACAGCUUUUUUCUCCACCCAAAAUGGCCACCAUUUGAGGCUUAAGCAACACUUUCCCAUAGCAGCAGCUUCUGAUGGCCUUCCCUCUGAGAUUACUGAUGAAGAAUCUAAGUUUGUUUCUGUAAAUCCUGAAUAUCCAAAAUAUGGUCCACCUGCUUUGUUGUUGCUGGGAUUUGAAGUGGACGAGGCAGCAAAGAUACAGCAACUUCUGAAGGAGAUGGAUGGUGAAUUCCUUCAAGUCAUUUUUUGUACUGAAGACAUGAUUUCUCGCUCACUUUGGGAAGCAAUGAAUACGAAACAGCCCAAUUUGGAUGCUUCAAAGAUCGCUAAACAGCUUCCACGAAUUUGCUUCCUGUCUGGCCUUACGGGAGAGGAGAUGAUGAUGUUUAUUGACGCAUUCGAAGAAAGUGGGCUUGAAGAUCCCGUCUUUGCUGCUCUAGUUCAAAACAGCGCGGACAAGCCAUUACAAGAGUUAAUUGAUGAGAUUAUGGGAGAUCAUGAACUACUUUCUGCAAGAAAUUCAAGCUAGAUGACAGGUAAAGAUUGCUACCGAACUAAAUUAUCAAACAGAUAGAUCUUGACUAGUCAUUUUUACACAAUCAGUUCUCGUCUGGUUAGCAUUGAAUUAAGUAAGGAGGGAGAUCCAAAGUUAUUUUCUACAUCUGUUGAUUUUUGAGCGGUUGUAAUUGUUGUGAUAUUAAUGCAAUAAAGAAUUGAGAUUCAGAUACAUUA